AUGGCCUCGUACACCGUCUCGAAUUAUGUCAAGCUCGACGCACACAAGCGCCAGAAGUGCAUCAAGGACUUCGCAACUGAGAAGGUGGACAGCUUUCUAGAGACGUUCAUCCCAGUUUACCUCCCCAACCUUUUCUCCACUGGCCUUCUCCGUGACCACAUUGUAGAGGUAAUUAAGUACAACGUUGUAGGAGGGAAGAUGACUCGAGGGACUCUGGCGGCGGACAUAUUCCUUCAGACUGUACGGUUCUUGUUUUCAGGCCUCUUAGAAGACUCAAACUUUUCGGAGGAGCUUUUCAACUUGGCAAUCGAUAUCUGCCUUGUUCAAGAAAUUCUCCAGGGUGCUUUCCUGAUGAUUGACGACGUGAUCGACCACAGCACAAUUCGUCGCGGCAAGCCGUCGUGGCGCGCGGUAGUUGGCGAUGAGCAGGCUGUGAACGACGGCCUGAUACUCUGGCAGAUAGCAGACUCUCUAGUUCUUUAUCUAGAGGACAAGUGUGGGAAGACCCUUAAGAUCUUUGAGGUGUACCACCAAGCAAAGGCAAACACGACCCUUGGACAGCACCUAGACACCUUCACCAAGACCUAUUCUCAAAGGCAUACGAUGGGUCAUCUUAACGAUACAUACAUUUUAAAGACAGCCUAUUAUACCUUCUAUUUGCCACUGAUAAUGGGAUAUAGAUCUGGCGUUCUCUUUGGUAACAUGGCCAUUGGGACUACUGCAGCUUCUGAAAAGGGAUACACCAUGCAAAAGGUCGACUCCAUACUCAACUUACAGCAGCGUCUGGAUACAGACAUAGAGCAACAGAUCCACAAGAUAAGUAUGGACCUGGGAAGGCUCUAUCAGAUGCAGGAUGACUUCUUGGAUUUCUACGCCCCAGAGAUCCUUCACAAGGAGUCAUCUGACUACCUGGAGAACAAGGCCACUUGGCCACUCGUGCGUGCCCUUGAACUAUCAGCGUCAGAGGAGGCCCGUGGCAAGGGUGUCUCGCCGCAGACCAUACUGACCAUCUAUGGUAAGCGAGCGUCAGAGAAGGAGAGCAUACAAAAGCUGUUUGAUGCACUGGACUUGAAGAGUAUCUAUAUCCAUGAAGCAAGUGCCCUACUGAAGCAGUGCAAGGAGGAGGCCGCCAGCAUGCCUCCAUAUAUUUCAGACAGUAUUGAAGACGUCUUCGACAUGCUGAGUUCUCGCAUCAACGUCGAGAUCAUUCGCCCCUCCAAGUGA